AUGCAGCGUCUCGUCAGUCGAGCCCCACCCCAUCGCGGCGUUUCCAGCCUCAAUGCGACAAGCGACAACAUGGCAGCUCUGAUCGAUGAGCUGGCACGUUUACCCCAGACGGGCGUAUCGCUCCAGUAUCUGCUCGAGUUCGGUACAAGCAUUUCCCCGCAGAAACUGAUUCAGUCUGCGCGCUUUUUACACGAAGAAAUGCCCGUGCGAUACGCGCACCGGAUCAAGAACUUGGAACACCUACCCCAUGGUCUCAGUGACAUGCCGUCGGUUCAGCAAGUACGGGAGUGGUACGUCAACUCGGCCCAAGAGCUCCUUCAGUUUCCCAAAGUAGAGACGUAUCCGGAUGAACUGGCGUUCCGUUCGUUGAUCGAAAGCAUUAAAAAUCGCCAUAGUGGCACGUUAUACACCAUGGCAAAAGGUGUCCAUGAACUGAAGAUGGACCUUUUCAAGUCCUUUGCCAAAAAAGAUACGGGAACGAAAGCAUUAUCGGCGAAAGAACUGGGGGAACGCUAUUUGCAAUCCCAGGAAUUCGCAGACUUGUCAGACCUGCAUUCGUUUCUCGAUGCUUUUUACAUGUCGCGAAUCGGUAUCCGGAUGCUCAUGAGCCAACACAUUGCUCUGCAUGAAGAAGAAAAAGGAUGGGUUGGAUGUAUCUGUGAGAGCACGUCCCCCGCCGAAAUUGCUCUUGCAGCAAUUGAUACGGCCAGGCACAUGUGCCUAAGACAGUAUGGAGACGCCCCGGAGGUCGAGCUGCAUGGCCACACGGAUUUUUCGAUGCCUUUCGUUCCGAGUCACUUGCAUCACAUGCUGUUUGAAGUGAUUAAGAACUCGAUGCGGGCAGUCGUGGAGUUUCACGGCGUCGACAAUAACAUGCCUCCGAUAAAGAUUGUCAUUGCAGAUGGAGAAGACAAUGAAGACGUGUCGAUCAAGAUCUCGGACGAAGGCGGGGGUAUCCCACGCUCGUCUGUCUCGAGGAUCUGGUCGUACCUCUAUACGACGGCGGACUCGGAAGCAUUUGAGAGAUUGGAGGCACCCAACGAUUUCGGUGGUGACUCUCCGCUUGCUGGACUGGGAUACGGAUUGCCAAUUAGUCGUCUUUUUGCACGCUACUUUGGUGGCGAUCUUCAGGUGAUCUCCAUGGAAGGAUAUGGUACGGAUGCUUACUUGCAUCUGAAACGUGUUGGUGACGCAUCUGAGCCGCUCCCGUGA